GAUGGAGCCGAUUGAAGUACAUACUUUAGUUAUAUUAAGUGGAUUUUGACAGCGGAUCUCUGGCUUCAGUCUGACGACGUUUCCUACUGGAUCCACUGGGGAACAUAAAUCAUAAUUUGCAAGAAACAAAGCUGGCAUGCGCUAAUAUGGAAACCAAACCAUUCUUGUCUCUAGGGCUCCUGAAAAACCCCUGCUCAGUAGCGCCGCCGUGUUUGCGGAGCUGGCCGGGCGACGCUGGCAGUUCGCCCAAUGGCUACUCCGGCUUCACGGGUACAUACCCGCUACAACAGCGCAGGAUAUCCACAGACUUCUCCGGUCAGCUCUCGUUGUCUCCUCUGAGCUCCUCCACGGGUCACCGAGGCAUCAGUAACCAUCCUCUCCACCCGCCCCUGCUCGGCCAGUCCGCCAUGAGCUCCAGCCCGGGUCAGCUGCGCUCGCCCAUCAGCACCCUCAGCUCGCCCAUCAACGGCCUGCCCUCGCCGUUCCCCGUCAUCAGCACGCCCAUGGGCCAUCCUUCCAUGAGCGGCCCGUCCUCCACCAGCAUGACCUUCAGACCCAGCCUGAGCCCACAGGUAAGACAGCACUGCAUUUACUGUGGACUUAGUAAACACUAUGGGGUGUACAGCUGUGAGGGCUGUAAGGGCUUCUUCAAGAGAACGGUGAGAAAGGAUUUGACGUACACUUGCCGAGACAACAAGGACUGUUUAAUUGACAAACGCCAACGCAACCGCUGCCAGUACUGCCGUUAUCAGAAGUGCUUAGCCAUGGGAAUGAAGAGAGAAGCCGUUCAGGAGGAGCGGCAGCGGGCGAAGGAGCAGAGUGAGGGUGAGUUCGGCAGCUGUGCCAACGAAGACAUGCCCGUGGAGAAGAUUCUGGAAGCCGAACUGGCAGUGGAACCAAAGACGGAGACCUACGUGGAGGCCAACCUGAGUGUGCCUGCCAAUUCUCCUAAUGACCCUGUAACAAACAUCUGCCAAGCAGCUGACAAGCAGCUCUUUACCUUAGUGGAGUGGGCCAAGCAGAUACCUCACUUUUCUGAUCUCCCACUGGACGAUCAAGUCAUCCUCCUGCGAGCAGGGUGGAAUGAACUCCUGAUCGCCUCUUUUUCGCAUCGUUCCAUAGCUGUGAAAGAUGGGAUAUUAUUAGCAACAGGCCUUCACGUCCACAGAAACAGCGCACAUACUGCCGGUGUUGGAGCCAUCUUUGACAGAGUGCUGACAGAGCUUGUGUCAAAGAUGAGAGACAUGCAAAUGGACAAGACUGAACUUGGAUGCUUGCGGGCCAUUGUUCUGUUCAAUCCAGAUUCAAAAGGACUGUCUAAUCCAUCAGAGGUGGAGGCUUUAAGGGAAAGAGUGUAUGCAUCUCUAGAGGCCUACUGUAAACACAAAUACCCCGAUCAGCCUGGGAGAUUUGCCAAGCUGUUACUGCGUCUGCCUGCCCUGCGCUCCAUCGGUCUGAAAUGUCUUGAACAUCUCUUCUUUUUCAAGUUAAUCGGAGACACGCCCAUCGACACUUUCCUAAUGGAAAUGCUGGAAGCGCCACACCAAAUGACAUAAGGGAAUAAUUUCUUUUCAUCUCCGCCCCUCUGACAGAGGGUACAACUCAUGUACAAAACACUACAGGAGGCCACAGGACACAUCUCUGAUCUCACAGGAGAGGACCGAGUAAUUCUACCUUGGCGUUUCAUCAGAAACAUUGUGCAAUCCACAAAAUACUGUGUAAUGGUCCAUUACGGAAUACCACGCAGGAUGGAUUUAGUGAGUUUUUUUCCUGGUUUGCAUGCAUGUUUGGGAAGUCUCAUGGAGAUUUUGGUUUCUCAUUUCUUCUGCCUUACAGAGGUCUACCUCUGCUUUCUUUUGAGUACAGAGCCAAACCGCUUCAUCUCUGAACUCACAAUCAUUUUGCUGUGAAUAUUCAGAUUUCAUGAGAGGGAACAAAAUACCUCGGAUGCACUUCUGCAUGCAGCUGUCCUCAAAAAGCACAUCACUGUAUCUGCCAUUGGAAGUUUUUGCUCAAACUGUGUAGUUAACAGAACCACAGUAACAUUUUCCCCCCCAGGCACUUAGAAAUUGCUUCUUUUAAGCGGUAUUGUAAUACAUCAGGAUUCUGAAAGUCCAUCUUCAUGAGGAAGAAACUGCAUGCAGUUUGGCUUUAAUUCCUUUUCUUUUUGGAAGAUAAAUGGGCCUAUGAAUAACAGAAUGGUCUAAAAAGAAUGAAAAGCAGGUGUACUCCUGGCUGAACUCACGCUGUAUGAAAAUACAAUGAUUCAUUGUUAGAAUUGUGUAAAAAAUACUGAAGAUUUUUCAUGAUGCUUUGCAUCUAAAAUUCAGCGUAAAUAUGUAUUAAGUAUUUCCAAAGAUUUUCAAUAAUGUUAUAUAUAUAUCAUCUGAUAAUUCCCGGCAAGUGGGU